UUGUCAGGCGCUUUCAUAGUCCAGACAUACGAUCAUCGACGACCGGUACAAACGUACGGUUGAUGCGCAAUAAUACGGGCUGUGUUUCGUGCUUUGCUGAACAGUUUUCAAAUCCAAGUGUUUUAGUGCUAACUACGGUAUCGCUUCUCUGGUUAAAUUAAGAGAAACCAUGAUACGGUAAAGUAAACUACAGGUUACGAGCUAAUUAAAUUUUAAAAGAUAUUAAAGUCCACAGUCAUAAUGAAGCGCUUACAAAGAUGUUGUUGCUGUGCCUCCACCCGCACCGGCACCCUUAUAACAGCCACGUUGGGCAUCAUUUUAUCAAUCAUUACAAUCAUCACAAUAUGGGUGGCAAACAAACACAAUGUUUCCUACAGGACUUUCAUAUUCGCUGAGGACUUUGACAAAAAGCUUGCUGACAUGGACAUUCCAAGAAUUAUACUGACUGUCAACCUGUGCUUUACGAUUCUUAUAUGUGGACUUCUCAUAGUGGCAGUUUUAAAGACAUCGUACUCGAGACGAUCCUGGUUGAUGCUGCCCUGGGUAGUGCUGGGUAUAGUUCUGGCUAUUGGUUUGUUGAUCAGUGUUCUUCACACCUCCAUCACGUACUAUCUGGAUGAACAGGAUCACGCCAUACUUGCUACGUGUAUAUUAAUCGGUGGACUUAUCUAUUUAUGUAUUUACCUGUACCUCUGGGCAGUGGUCUUCAGUCAUUACUUGGACGUCCGCGACGAGGAAGAGCGUGGUAGAUACCGCAAGGCUCCCUACAAACGAUAGACUAAAUACAACUCAACAUUUUGUAUCCAGUCAAUUUUAAUUUAAGUAAAGACUAAUUUAUAAAUUAGGAAACAUGUUAUAACAAUUUGUCUGCUAAUAAGUAAUGUGAAAUUUUGUUGUUUUAAUCGAUUUACUAAAGAUUUACUAAAUAAUUUGUCGUAAAACCCAAAUCACCUGCCAACGGUGUUUAUUUUUUGUCUACUUGAAAUCUUGAAGAAUAGAAAAAAUUAUGUCGUGAUUCAGACCUGCUAUCUUUCACCUUCCCAUGGCGACGAUGGAUUCCUCGGCCAUUCAUGAUCUCAGCCAUCGAAUUUAUUCUGGUCUUUCGGUUUUAUAUGUCUUAAGGCAUCGCACGCCAUCUACAGUGGAUUUGCCAGACACAACGCAUAUUUAUAAAACUUCAGAGCGCUGAUCUUACGACGCGCUUUAUUUUCUAGUGAAUAGAUAUUGAUUUGCUGAUUGAAUUUUUUCUAUCCUUCAAAAAUUAUAGCACUUUAUACUCCGGUCAAUCUAGAUACUAAAAUGUUUCACCUGAGUGGAAAUUAGGUAUCGGAUCUUAAUAAAUUGACCGAACUAUUAUAAAACAAUUGAAUGCUGGAAAACUCAAAAUCCUGUUUAAAAUUUAUU